AGACAGAUGAACUCUCUCCUCUCCUUUGCCGUGCUGUUUGCUUGGGGUUUGUCCCCAGCUCAUGGAAACCUCUGGAAUCUGCAGGAGAUGAUCACAAAGGUGACGGAGAGGAACGCUUUGCUGCACUACUCCUUCUAUGGCUGCUAUUGUGGCUUGGGUGGCAAAGGGAAGCCCAAGGACCCCACGGACAAGUGCUGCCAGCUGCAUGAUUACUGCUACGACAACCUCCUUUCCUACCACUGUGAUGCCAAGAAGCAAAGUUAUCGCUACAGCUGGUGGGGUGGCAGCCCCUCCUGCAGUGAGGUCUCCUGGUGUGGACAGCUCUCCUGCGAGUGCGACCGCAGCCUGGCACUCUGCCUGAAGAGAAACCUGGGGAGUUACAACAAAUGGUACCGCUUCUAUCUCAAGCACCUGUGCAGGUGA